AUAAAGCGCGUGUUGUUUCUACACAACCGUCUGCCUCAGUACACCAAGUUCAUGAGCGUCACUAACGGAGGAUUGCCAUCCUGUGAGGAGCUGCAGGCUUAUCUCAUAGAUGAGUCAGAGUUCAGGGAUAAGAUCACUCCCAUCUCCAUCUUCAUGGAAUUCAGUCUGGAUUACGCGGGUGCAGCAGAUAAAACGGGUCUGCAGCCCAUCCUGGACCAGUCCAACCCAGCUAACGUCACCAAACAGGCCCACAUACUGUUGGACUGUGGUGAUGAUAACAUAUGUAAACCAGAUCUGAGAUUGGAUGUUGUCAGUGAUCAGAAGCAGAUCUAUAUCGGAGAUGAUAACCCUCUGACUCUGGAAGUGACGGCGGAGAACCGUGGUGAGGGAGCGUAUGAGGCCGAGCUCAGUAUCAUCAUCCCACCUCAGGCUGACUUCAUAGGUGUGGUGAGAAAUAGUCAGACCUUGUCGCGGCUCUCCUGUGCUUAUAAGAGGGAGAAUCAGACCAGAGUGGUGUGUGAUCUGGGAAACCCCAUGAAAGGAGGAACAAAGAUCAUGGCUGGUUUGCGCUUUAGUGUUCAUCAGCUGUCAGAACAGGACACAUCAGUGAAGUUCGACCUGCAGAUACUGAGCUCCAAUCAGUAUAACAGCAGCAGUAACCUGGUUACCGUGGUAACGAAGCUGGCUGUGCUCGCUAAAGUGGAGAUCCGUGGUGCCUCUGCCCCAGAGCAGGUGUUCCUGCCCAUCGCUAACUGGCAGCCCAAAGAGAACCCUGUGGUGGAGGACGACAUCGGCCCACUAGUACAGCACAUCUACGAGUUAAGGAAUAAAGGUCCGAGUUCGUUCUCGAAGGCCAUGCUGGACGUGGAGUGGCCAUAUCGCUACAACAACGGCUCUCUGCUCUACAUCACCAAGUAUGAGGUGGACGGAGCCAUGAACUGCAGCACUGACAUCGAGAUCAACCCCCUCAAUGUCACGAACCCCAUGUACUGGAAUAAGAACGCGACCGUUUCCGCGGGCGACCGGACCGAGGGGCGUACACGGAGCCACGUUCACCGGCGAGACCUGCAGGACCAGAGGGCUGACGAAGACAUGCUGACGCUGGACUGUGAGAAGGCUCAGUGCUUGAAGAUUAAGUGUCAGGUUGGCCGCUUGGAGCGAGGACAGAGUGCAAUCCUCUUCAUCUACUCCAGACUGGCCGUGUCCACGUUCCUGCAGGCCGAUGUUCAGAACCACUCGUACGUGGUGAAGUCUUCAGCGUCGUUCAGCGUGAUUGAGAUGCCGUACAAAAACCUGGACUUUGAGCUGCCAGUUAACAGCACAUCUGCGAGCCUCAGUGUGGUGUGGGUGAACUCUGAGCUGACCCAGCCUGCCCCCAUCUGGGUGGUGGUGGUAGCCGUGUUAGCUGGACUGCUGCUGCUCGCACUGCUAAUCUUCAUCAUGUACAAGCUGGGCUUCUUUAAGAGAGUGCGCCCCCCACAGGAGGACGGGACGGAGAAGGAGCAGCUCCAGCCUCAGGAGAACGGAGACAAGAACACUGAGGCCUGAUACACACGCUAAACACAGUGUGCGUGUGUGUGCGUGUGUGUGCGCGUGUGCGCGUGUGUGCGCGUGUGUGCGUGUGUGUGUGCGCGUGUGUGUGUGUGUGUGUGUGUGUGUAUGUGCGUUACUGGCUCAUUUCCUUCCUCUACUGCACUGACAGGUUGAACUUUAACGUGUGCUGAUUUUGAUUUAUGAAAGAGUGAUAGAGGUCAAAACAAUUCACAUAAAUAAUGGAAUAAGAAUUAAAGAUAAAUACAGAAUAUUAACGUGUUAAUGAAAGCUAAAUCUCUGAUGAUAUAAUGAUUUGUGUUUCUUUUGUAUGUUUUUAAUGUAACGGUAACAAUUUUGCUUUAUUUUCUUUCUGUACUUUGUGAAAGCCUGUGCUGAUAUUACUGAUAAUUAUUAGUAUUAGCGGAAUACUGUAUAAAAUCACACCCAGGUAGGAAGCGUUUUUGGGGCAGAAUGUAGCUCGAUUAAUGAGAUAAACUUGCUAGCUGCUAAAGCUAGUUAGCGUGUUAACCGCUAGUUCAGGAUCCAGCUAGCGAUGGCGAGUAAACAAAAGUUGCUUUUUCACAAUUAAGAUAUUAUCACGAUUAGUACAGUGAACAUUUUCUCUAGUAACUGUGUCCACCGUGUUAGUUUAACAUUUUUAUAAUAUUUUCCUCAAGCGUCAUGGCUACUGUAACUAACCUUCAUCAGAUAGCUGUACAUUAUUAUCUGGAGUCAUUGACUGUUACCAUAGCAACGAAGUCUUUCUUUCUGAAACGUUCGCACAGCUACGUUCAGUUUGCAAGUCUUAUUAAAAAAAAAAAAAAAAGUUUACGAAUUGUAACUGUUACGUAAAUCGAUGAAAAACAUCAAACGAUAGCACAGACAUCCAGUGUUUCUCAAACGGUUGUCACGGUAACGUUUGCUAGUAACGUAAACAAACUGGUUACUAGCUAAUAAGCAGCAGCGUUCAUUAAAGUUUUGCAAACUUCAAAAUUCACAGAUGAGGGACAGAAUGUUAAAAUGUGAGAAGAAGAAGAACGUAAAAUUAAAAGUGCAGUUUCUUUGUAAGUCAAAAUGGCUGACGUAUAAAUAAAAUUACGCUAAAGUGCGAUGUGAAAUUGCGAGGAUUUCUAUAACCUCGUCCAGGGAACUGAAUUAUGGGAUUGCCUUUUCUGAGACACGCCCUCAAUCUGCUGCCCUAAACAUGCUGCCUACUUAGGCACCCUACUCCAGACUGGGGUUUGAAACAGUAAAUAUUAUAUUAUUAUAUACUUUUUUUUUUUUUUUUUUUUUUUUUUUAAACUGCUACGUAACUUUAUUUCUUUCGGCAUUUCAAUUUUUUUUUUUUUUUUUUUUUUUUACCAUUUUCUACAAAACAAACGGAUCAUUCCCUGAUUCCUAUUAGGCGUACUUAAUUAAAUAUGUGAACAUUUUGUUUAAAAAUUAAGAUUUAAAUACUCACUAUUCCCUACAUGCGUAUAGUCGCAGUGCAUUAUGGGUAAUCCUGUACCCCAAAGUGUUUACCAUUUCCUGUUUACUCUCUGCACCAUGUCUGUAUUUGACCCACAGGUAGCGAACACAAACCUCUUUAUGUAAGAUACAUCACAGAGUUAUAUAUAUUUUACUACAAAAAAAAAACAGAUUUUUCUUAUUCUCAUUAGCUAGUCAAUUUUCUCACAAAUCCUAGACAGACUUUUCCAUGUUGUUAAAUUUAAUGAAAGAAUUUAACGACAUUUAAAAGUCAGUCUAGGAUUUGUGAGAAAAUUGAGUAGCUAAUGAUCCUCCAAGUAAAGAAUCAAGCUCACUUCAGGUAUUUAAUUUGCUAAAAUGCAGGUUUGUGUUAUUUUUAUGACUGAUACUGUAAUGAUUAAUUUACACUCCCGUAUAUAAAAUACUCCCCCGUUAUAUAUAUCGUGGCCACGGUUAAUGUUUUUAUCGUCUUGGCCGGAUGAAUUUACCCAUAUUGGGUCACAUUUACACUCCAAACAGUCGAAUCAUCUCCUUGUCAGGAUUUUCAGUUUUUCACUCUGUGUUUAAAAAGUAAUGUCAGUAAUUAUAACUUUAACGUCCUUCAUGCUCCACUGAGUAUUUGAUGUUUUUUUUUUUUUCAGAGCGAGGUUUAGGUGAUUUUCUAACGCUUCCAUGAAUUUAAAAAUAAAUAAAUAAAUAAUGGAUUAAAGUUUGGGUGUGUUUCCUCAUCAGUCCAUCUCUCAGGUGGUUUAAACUGACCGUAGAUUUUAUUUAACCAGUUUAUUAACUCGUUAGGUUAAAAAGUGCAUCAUGGCGUCCCACAAGGCUCUGUUCUAGGCCCGCUGCGGUUCUCCAGUUCUGUUAGUCAGUUCACUUACAUUCAUCACGAGAGCUACGCAAAAUGGAGGUGUCUGAAAGUAAAUGUGUUCAGCAUCACAAAUAUCCAGAACCAGAGCUCUAAACUGGAAACGAAACGUGUGUAGCUAGAAAUAUAAAUCCAACGGAUAACAUCGACAUCCUACACGGUUGUGUUUGAAAUCUCUGCUCUCGGUUAAUAAUGUUAUUUUUCCCUUCUGUGAAGCCGAUUAGAAUAUUUUUGUCGAACCUUCAACCUCCUGAACGUUUUAAUUUACACGGUAAUUUAGUUGCACGGUAGAUUUAACUUCCUGCGGCUAAACCACACCCACACCUGCCACACUCGCUAUAAACAUUUUCUUAAAUAAAACCUCUGUGUUAAAUUUAUAUUAAAGACAAAAUAGACAAGUCUAACAGACAAGACUAUUUUGUGAGAAUUAGAAAGAAACUCAGACUAGCGAUGGGCAAGAAGCCAGCUAGCAUGAGUCUUUCUUCAACACUACAUUUGCUAAUUCUUUUAAUGUGUGACGCUAUAUUUUGGAUUUUGAUCAUAACCUGUGCUGAAUUAUUACUGAAGUAUGUCGUAGCUAUAUGUUGGAGCACAAACCUCGAGCCUUGGCCAGAACGUCUCGUGCUUGGAAAGCCUUUGUCCUAAACGCUGAGAUUAUCAGUACUGGAUAAUCUGAGUCGCCAAAUUCCACACAUUCCAGGCUGAUCCGGGAUUUAACAAAUAAAGCACUGAGUAUCAGUAUUAUCAUAACAUUACUUAUAUAAUUCCCUAAGACUUACUUUACAGUUUAAUUGUAUUUGUUUAAAAUAAAACAAUGAGGUUUGAAGAAUGUUUUAAUGUAAGGAUCCGAUUCAGGUCUAAAUUUUGUAACUCGUAAAGGAAUAAUUUUGAUUUAAAAGAAAUCCUCCAUCCUUAUUAAUCAACUGGAGGAUUUCAGAAAAUCUGUAUUUCAAAAAGCACUAAAAAUAUAAUUCUGUUUUAAAAAAAAAUAUUUUUUGUUGCAAUAGUCUCUAAUGUCAAAAUGAAAGGUUUUUGUAAAAAUAAAGGGAGAUUUUAAAAAAAUUGAUUCAUGAAAUUUAAACUUGAUAUACAGUAUGUUGGUGUUUGUAGAAGUUGUACACAUCCUUCAUGGAGGAGAGCGUUGUAAAAUUGAUUUUAUAACUUUAUCAGCUCACUAAAAGUGCAGCGUUAAACAUCACACUCCUGCAAUUUUAAUAAAGUGAAGGAUUCAAGGA